AUGUUAGCAGGUCGUAAAAGAAGAAAAAUAACUGUUUACAAUUCAGGUACUGACGAAAAAGAAAUAGUAAAUCCUUCAGAAGUAAGAAAAAUACUUGCUCUUCUUAAACAAUCUGCUAAAAUAUAUUAUGAAGCAGAUGAAAAUGGAGAUAUUGAACAUUAUUUUACUGGUAGAGGAACAGAAACAUAUAUACAGAUCAGUGGACGGAUAGAUUGUUUGCUAAUAGCUUAUCAUGAAUCAUUAGGUAGAAAAGUAAAUGAAAAUAUUAUAGGACAAGAACGAGUAUCACUACGCCGUUAG